UUAGCUUGGCCAACGUGUAGUCGCGCAUGUGCGAAUAAGGAUAAGGAGGGGGGAAAAAAUGAUGCCGGGAAGGCUGCAAUUGUCGAGGAGAGGUCUAUAGAGCGGGGUUCAUUGAGCCCCAAAAAUGGCAGCUCCAGUGCAUAAUUUUUUGGACAAGAACUGUGCUACAAUAUUAUACUUCCCACAUCUGCCAAAUGAAGUGGAUUCAGGUUCUGAGCUGCAGAGAUGAGAAGUCGCCGGCGGAUGUACUCCGCUGUCAUGCGUCUCUUCCUGAAGUGUUUGCGGAUAGGUCAGCGGCGCCGGUUCUGGCUGACCCAGCAAGUGGAACAACUGUGGCUAUAUGGACAUCUCUGUUUGCGCUCUCUGUUUUACAACUCUUUUGCUGAUAGUGACACAGCUCUUGAUGCUCUCUUUGAGCCUAUAUACUGGCUGGUAGAUCAUGUCACUCGUUGGUUUGGAGUGGUGUUUGUAGCUCUGGUGAUAACAUUGACCACUUCUGUGGUGGGCAUAGUGUACAUUUGCCUCCUUCCCAUGAUUCUUCAGACCUAUCCCAUUCCCUGGAUCUUCUGGCAUGUUAUCUAUGGCCAUUGGAACCUUGUCAUGAUUGUUUUCCAUUACUACAUGGCUAUCACUACUCAGCCUGGUUAUCCACCACAGCACCCAAAGAAUGAUCUUGCUGCUGUGUCAAUAUGCAGGAAAUGUAUUGCCCCCAAACCUGCUCGGACCCACCACUGUAGCAUCUGCAACAGGUGUGUGUUGAAGAUGGACCAUCACUGCCCAUGGCUUAACAACUGUGUGGGACACUACAAUCAUCGCUAUUUCUUCUCCUUCAUGCUUUUCAUGACCAUGGGCUGCAUCUACAGCAGUAUCAGUGGCUGGGACAUGUUCUGGGAAGCUUAUGCUGCCAUUGAGAAAAUGAAACUACUUGACAAGGAGAAACUGCACGUGACAGCCAAUCAGACUUACUCUCAGACACCACCACCCACCUUUUCCUUCCGCCAGCGAGCUUUCCACAAGAGCAUAGUGUACGCCUGGGUCCUCUGCAGUUCAGUAGCCUUGGCAUUGGGAGCCCUCAUGCUCUGGCACUCAGCCCUCAUCACCCGUGGUGAGACCAGCAUUGAACGACAUAUCAAUCGCAAAGAAAAAAAGAGGCUACAGAAAAAGAGCAAGAUGUUUCGAAAUCCAUAUAGCUUUGGUCCACUGGGCAACUGGAAGGUUUUCCUGGGUGUCGAAAGACAGAGACACUGGAUCACUCGAGUUCUUCUACCUUCCCCACAUCCCCCUUAUGGAUCUGGCUUCAGUUGGGAAACUCCUCCUUAUGUUGUUCAACAGAAGACGCCUCUUUUGGCAAUUUGAGUUGGAUGAAGAACAAAGCGUCCCAGAUGGUGGAAGACUUGAAACCACACCUUCUUUCAUUGGGAAACAUAACAGAAGACAUGGUCCCUAAACUGGCAGGCUAACAUCACAGUGGCAUAUCUGCAAUGAACCGCUCAUCCCACAGGAGACUGGAGAACCUCCAGCUGCAGUCGGGGAUCUAUUGCCCGUGUGUUUUGUUUUGCACAUAGUCCAAUGGGACUGGAGCAAAGUAUUGUCAGUAAUCAGGGCAAGUAGUUCUUUCCCUAACUCAAGGAAGUUAACUGGCAUAUUAGGUCUUGUUGCUCUUCCUGUAAGGACAGAUUUUUUACUAUAAAAAUAAAUAUAUAUAAACAAU